AUGAGUUCAAAAUCUCAUGUUGGAACAUGUAUGUCAAUGUGUCCAGCAUCAGAGCUUAAUGAACGCAGAAACGAAUGGUUCGAAAUUAACCCAGUAACUCUUAAAUAUAGUCCAGAAUUCGCAAUUAAAAAAUUUCAUCGUAGUGAUGCGGGCAAAAGCUUCGAUCAAUCUGAUAUCAGGCCGUUGCCUGUACUAAAGAAAACUCUAGAUCACAUCAUUGAUGUCGUAAUUGGCAAGUUAACUGGCUUAAAAGAGGGCGCAACGGAAUGGAACAUGGCUAUAUUCGUACGCGACCGUUUCAGAGCUAUUAGACAAGAUAUUACAUUCCAGAACUUGAAAGGCAUUGAAAUUAUCGAUAUAUUAGAAAAAAUUGCAAUAUUUUUCAUUUUUUGUGCAGUAAAGUUCCAAGAAGAGCCAGAAUUCGAUCCCUUCCAAAACUUCGAGCAAAUUUCUCAAACACUCAUAUCAUUAGACGAACAAUACGACUUAUAUUUCAAACAAACAGGAAAACAUCCUCAAAAUGAGGCAGAAUUCAGAGCAGCUCACAUACUUUUGUAUAUUACCACGAAUUUAUUCACUACGAAGCUUACAGUACUUUCUAACUACGUUCUUGAGUCUGCAGCGAUGAAAUUCGUUUUAGAUUUGAGAUCUGCUUACAAUAUGCAGAAUAUCCACAAAUACGUAGCGAAAGCAUUAUCAGCACCCCUCCACAUUAUGUGUGCUGCAAUUGCAAGUGCAAAAGACCUUUGGACAGAAUCUCUUUAUUCAUUUCGAGCUUCUUUCAAAUAUCUACCAAUGCGUCCUGAAUUCUUUACUACACAGAUGUUCAUGACGCCCUCGCAAUUCGAGAAAUGGGCUCCAUACAUGAAUUUCGAAACAAUUGACGCAGGAAUUCGAUUUAAGAAAGAUUCACUGCCAAAUAUUAUUAAAGAUGUCAAGGCAAUUAUACCAAAAAAGAUAAAUUUGGUCGUUCAAGGAAUUAAUUUCGUUGAUAUUUUCACGAUUUCGUCUUCUGGUAAUCCUCCACCGAUUUACAUGAAACCUGAUACAUUUGCUAAUGCUGCUGAAACUCAAGUUCCAUCUUCUCCUGAAGUUCAAGAGUCAGAAGAAAAAUCAUCACAAGAAUCAACGGAAGAAACUAAUGAAUCACAGGAAACAAGCUCUAAUGAAGAAGAAACAGAAGCUCAAGAACCAGAAAGUGAAAAAACUUUACCAGAAGAACCAAAAAUUCCAAUUCAACCUGCACCUCUAAAAGUAGAGCCUGAAAAGCCAGUAAUUGCAACUCCAAGGAUCAUUACACCGCCAGAGAUAUCUAGUGUCCCACUAAACCCAUUCGCAAAUACAGUAUUAGAAUUUAAGAGGACAAAAAUCAUUCCAGCAGCACUUUCCAUAGAAAGUAUUAUUCCCAAAGAUAUUCCAGAGAAUUGUUUCGCUACAGUUGGUGUCUCUGCCGGUGAUAAUUCUCCAUCAUCUCUAUUUGCCAUAGAAAGAUUCAGAACUGAUGGGACAAUCAUAUUCUGUGACCACAUAAAUAUAGGUAAAUCGACCAUAUAUUUACUCAUUGUCCGUCAAGACUUCAUCUUUACGGACUUUGAACUUGGAUCUCAUUUAAUUUGCGAAUCUAAUGCAGUUAUUGACAACGAAAACACUCCAAUAAUAAGAUUUAACUGCAAUGAAACACCUUCACCAUACUUUACAUUCGAUAGUUGCCUUAGAAAAGCGAUUUCUCUUGCAAUUAAAGAAAUUGUUCCUUUAGAUCUAUCGUCUGUAUUAAUCAAUGAAGGAUUUAAGUAUAGGGACUUCCAGUAUGAUGCAUUUAAGCGCGUAUUUGCAGAUGCCCUUCUUUCAAACAGUUUCAGAAAAUAUCUUGUUCCUUACGACCACAAAUUGAUAUCUAGGAACGAUCUUUGGAACUUCACAAACGCUCUUAAGUUCUCUUCACCCGAAUACACCAAUUUCGGAAUUCCUCCUUUUAUUGUUCCGAUUGAUUCCAAAUUUGAUGCUGAACAAUUCUGCAUGAAUCUUUCUUCGGAAAUUACGAAGAGUACAGUUGUUGACGGAAAUGGUGAAAGUAGUAUGGAUAUGCUUCUCGCUGAAUUUUGCGAAGGAUUGUAUUAA